AUGGACUCACAACUAGACGAGGAAGAAGUUGACGUGUUUCGCAACGUUGCCCAGGGCCUAGUGGGCAGCUACCUGGAGAUUACGAUCCAAUAUUGGCAAGAACUAAUCAACGAGAUAGAAAUGACAAACGAACCGGGCAGUGAGUACCAGGAUGACUUUAAAUCGCACUCACUGCCACUGGCACGAAUCAAAAAAGUGAUGAAAACGGACGAAGAUGUUCGAAUGAUCAGUGCAGAGGCUCCUAUCCUGUUUGCCAAGGCAUGUGAGAUUUUCAUUACAGAGCUUACGCUGCGAGCGUGGUGCAUCGCUGAGGAACACAAGCGGAGAACGCUGCAAAAGAGUGACAUUGCCCAGGCUUUACUCAAGAGUGACAUGUUUGAUUUUCUGAUUGAUAUCGUGCCCCGGAGCACGGAAUGA